AUCUAGUUCCCUGACCAGGGAUUGAGCCCAGGCCCCCUGCAUUGGAAGUGUGUCUUAACCACUGGACGAGCAGGGAGUCCCAAAAUUCAACAUUUUAAAGGAUACAUUAACUGGUUUUUAGUUCCUGAACAUUUCCAUCACUCUUAUAGAAAACCCCAAACUGUUAACAAUUGUCCUAAUUAAUCCUCUCCCUUUUCACUGUCAACCACUGAUCUACUUUAUAGAUUUGCCUAUUCUGGACAUUUCUUAUAAAUGGAAUCAUACAGUAUAUGUGUUUUUUUUGUGUAACUUUUAUGAAUUAACUAAUUUAAGGUUUCUUUUUUUGGGGGGGGGGUAGGUUGUAUGGUCAUGAGAUAAAAAAUUUAGAAAGUGUCAGAGUAUUUUUCCAGCCACCCUGUUUUCCCUUAAUAAAGUCAAUACUACCAGUUCCUCUUCUGUCUUUGCAGGUAGUCUGUGUCAGGCAAAUACAUACAUAUUCUUUUCUUUCUUUGGCUUUUUCUUUGUUUAAACUUAUAGAAGUAUAUAGCAUAAUCUAUAACUCUUUUGAACUUUAUGCCCUUUGUAUAUCUUUUAGAUAAUGUUAAUUUGUCUAUAAGAUUUAUAAUUCUCUUUUCUGGCUGCAGAAUAUCCCACUCUUUCAUAGUACCACCAUUUAUUACAGGUGUGGAUGUCCACCAUUUAUUACAGGCUGGGAAGGCCAUUAUAAUUAUGUGGUAACUACAAUUAUCUUACUACUGAUUUUCCCACUGGAAUCAUGGAGGAGAAACAGCAGAUUAUAUUGGCUAAUCAAGAUGGUGGGACAGUGCCAGGAGCAGCACCUACCUUCUUUGUCAUCCUGAAACAGCCAGGAAAUGGCAAAACUGAUCAAGGGAUUUUGGUUACUAAUCGGGAUGCCUGUGCUUUGGCUAGCAGUGUGUCAUCACCAGGAAAAUCUAAAGGAAAGAUUUGCCUUCCAGCUGAUUGUACUGUAGGAGGAAUCACUGUCACCUUGGAUAACAAUAGUAUGUGGAACGAAUUCUAUCAUCGAAGCACAGAGAUGAUUCUGACAAAGCAGGGAAGACGCAUGUUUCCUUACUGUCGUUAUUGGAUAACAGGUUUAGAUUCAAAUAUGAAAUAUAUCCUUGUCAUGGAUAUAUCUCCUAUGGAUAAUCACCGUUAUAAAUGGAACGGUCGCUGGUGGGAGCCCAGUGGGAAGGCUGAGCCCCAUGUUUUGGGGAGGGUUUUUAUUCAUCCAGAAUCUCCUUCCACAGGUCAUUAUUGGAUGCAUCAACCAGUGUCUUUCUACAAACUCAAACUUACAAACAAUACACUGGACCAAGAAGGGCAUAUUAUCUUGCACUCUAUGCAUCGCUACUUGCCACGGCUUCACUUGGUGCCUGCAGAAAAGGCUACUGAAGUGAUACAAUUAAAUGGCCCUGGUGUCCACACUUUUACCUUCCCACAGACUGAAUUCUUUGCCGUAACAGCUUAUCAAAACAUUCAAAUUACCCAGUUGAAAAUAGAUUACAAUCCAUUUGCUAAAGGCUUCAGGGAUGAUGGCCUGAAUAGUAAGCCCCAGAGAGAUGGAAAGCAAAAGAACAGCUCUGACCAAGAAGGGAACAGUGUUCCCAGUUCUCCUGGUCAACGGGUCCGUCUUACAGAAGGUGAGGGGUCAGAGAUGCAGCUAACAGAUUUGGAUCCUUUAUCAAGGGGUCAGGAAACAUCAGGCAAGGGUUUGGAGACGCCUUCCCUUAAUAUAAAGCGAGAUUUUCUUGGUUUCAUGGAUAUUGAUUCAGCACUUGGUGAAGUCCCUCAGUUGAAGCAAGAGGUUUCUGAAAGCCUUGGCAACAGUUUUGAAGAUGGCUCCCAUGUAACGUCACCAUUAAACCCAAAUGAAAACUUCAAUGUUGUCAUUAAAGAAGAGCCUCUGGAUGAUUAUGAAUAUGAACUUGGUGAGUGCCCAGAAGGGGUCACUGUGAAACAGGAAGAGACAGAUGAGGAAACAGAUGUAUACUCAAACAGUGAUGAUGAUCCUAUACUAGAGAAACAGCUGAAGAGGCACAAUAAAGCUGAUAACCUAGAAGCUGACCAUCCAUCUUCUAAAUGGCAACCAAAUAGCCCAUCAGGUGUUGCUAAAGCUAAAAUGUUCAAAUUAGACGCUGGAAAGAUGCCAGUAGUCUAUCUGGAGCCCUGUGCUGUCACCAAAAGCACAGUGAAGGUUUCUGAGCUCCCUGACAACAUGCUUUCCACAUCUUGGCAGGAUAGAUCUUCUCUGUUGACAGAAUUAGACUAUUUGCCUGCGUACAUUGAAAAUUCUAAUGAGACUGGCUUCGGCUUAGGCAGAGAAUCAGAAAAUGAUCUUGGAAGCCAUUCACCAGAUACCAGAGUGGUACAAAAAUAUCCCUCACUUAAAGAAGCUGAGUGGAAAUACCCUGAUAUAUCUGGCAGUGUUAACACAGAAAAACUACUUGAUGGUUCAAAGAGUUCAGUUGAGGACUCGUUUUUAGGAAAAGAGGACUUGGGCAGAAAGAAAACUAUGCUUAAGAUUUCAGCGGCUCCCAGAAUUGUGAAUGCUAAUCAGAAUGCCCCUCCAAAUGUCCCUGGAAAAAGAGGAAGGCCACGAAAACUGAAACUGUCUAAGGCAGGGCGGCCACCUAAAAACACAGGAAGAUCUUUAACUUCUACAAAGAACACUCUUACGGGCCCUGGGAGUACCUUUCCAGAUGUGAAACCUGAUCUGGAAGAUGUAGAUGGUGUUCUCUUUGUUUCCUUUGAAUCAAAGGAAGCUCUAGAUGUUCAUGCAGUUGAUGGAACAAAUGAAGAAUCUUGUAGUCUUCAGGCAUCAGCUGCAAAUGACCCAGGUUGCAGAGCAAGAAUUUCCCACUUGGAAAAGGAAUUGAUAGAAGAUUUGAAGGCCUUGCGGCACAAGCAGGUCAUACAUCCUGGUCUUCAAGAAGUGGGUUUAAAAUUGAAUUCAGUGGAUCCAACAAUGAGCAUUGAUCUUAAGUACUUGGGAGUGCAGCUACCUUUGGCUCCAGCCACUAGCUUUCCAUUCUGGAACCUUACCGGAGCCAACCCUGCCUCUCCUGAUGCUGGAUUUCCCUUUGUUUCUAGGACAGGGAAGACCAAUGAUUUCACCAAGAUCAAGGGGUGGAGGGGAAAGUUUCAUAGUGCUUCUGCAUCUAGGAAUGAAGGUGGAAAUUCUGAAGGUCCAUUGAAAAACCGUUCUGCUUUCUGCAGUGAUAAGUUGGAUGAAUACUUGGAAAAUGAAGGCAAGCUGAUGGAAACAAGCAUGGGUUUCUCUUCCAAUGCUCCCACGUCGCCUGUGGUAUACCAGCUUCCCACCAAGAGUACCAGCUAUGUUCGAACACUUGAUAGUGUGCUGAAGAAGCAGUCUACCGUUUCCCCUUCUACCUCUUACUCUUUGAAACCUCAUUCUGUACCCUCUGUCUCUAGAAAGGCAAAGUCUCAAAACAAACAGGCAACUUUCAGUGGCCGAACUAAAUCAUCUUAUAAAUCCAUUUUACCAUACCCUGUUUCACCAAAGCAGAAACACACUCAUAUGAUUCCCGGAGAUAAAAUUACCAAGAAUUCUUCAAGCACCACCUCAGAAAACCGGGUGAAUAAUUUGAUUGUGCCAACUUUAGAUGAAAAUACAUUUCCAAAGCAAAUUAGCUUGCGGCAGGCACACCAGCAGCAGCAGCAGCAGCAGCAGCAACAGGGAUCUCGCCCCCCAGGCUUGUCUAAAUCUCAAGUGAAGUUAAUGGAUCUGGAAGACUGUGCACUUUGGGAAGGAAAACCAAGGACCUAUAUCACUGAAGAGCGAGCAGAUGUAUCCUUAACAACUCUGCUUACGGCUCAAGCAUCUCUCAAAACUAAACCCAUCCACACGAUCAUAAGGAAACGAGCCCCUCCAUGCAACAAUGACUUCUGUCGAUUGGGGUGUGUAUGUUCAAGUCUAGCUUUGGAGAAGCGCCAGCCUGCUCACUGCCGCCGACCAGACUGCAUGUUUGGCUGCACCUGUUUGAAAAGAAAAGUUGUACUUGUUAAAGGGGGAUCCAAAACUAAGCAUUUCCAGAGGAAGAGUGCUCAUCGUGAUCCAGUAUUUUAUGAUACUUUGGGUGAGGAGCAAAAAGAAGAAGGAGAAGAGGGAGUCAAAGAGGAGGAAGAACAAUUGAAAGAGAAAAAGAAGAGAAAGAAGCUAGAGUACACUAUCUGUGAAACAGAACCUGAGCAGCCUGUCCGACAUUACCCACUCUGGGUGAAAGUAGAAGGUGAAGUAGACCCAGAGCCAGUGUACAUCCCAACGCCUUCUGUCAUUGAGCCUAUGAGACCUUUGUUGUUGCCUCAGCCAGAAGUUUCAUCUACUACUGUGAAGGGCAAACUGCUCACUGGAAUUAAACCUGCGAGGGCAUAUACUCCCAAACCCAAUCCUGUGAUUCGGGAAGAAGACAAGGAUCCAGUCUACUUGUACUUUGAAAGUAUGAUGACUUGUGCCCGAGUUCGAGUGUAUGAACGAAAAAAAGAGGAAGAGAGAGAACCAUCACCAUCACCAUCCCCAUCAUUUCAGCAGCAGGACUCAUGUCAUUCUAGUCAUGAGAACUGUAGUGUAAAGGAGCCAGCUUCUGAACAGCAGCCUUUGAAACCACUCACUUGUGACCUGGAGGAUGAUUCUGAUAAAUCACAAGAAAAGAGCUGGAAGUCUUCCUGCAAUGAAGGGGAAUCAGCUUCUACCUCCUAUGUGCAUCAGAGGUCACCUGGUGGUCCCACCAAACUGAUCGAGAUCAUCUCAGACUGCAACUGGGAGGAGGAUCGGAACAAGAUUUUGAGCAUCUUAUCCCAGCACAUCAAUAGCAACAUGCCACAGUCACUUAAGGUGGGCAGCUUCAUCAUUGAGUUGGCUUCUCAGCGAAAGAGCCGGGGUGAAAAGAAUCCUCCUGUUUAUUCUUCUCGUGUGAAAAUCUCUAUGCCAUCAUGUCAAGAUCAAGAUGAUAUGGCUGAGAAAUCUGGAUCAGAGACUCCUGACGGUCCAUUAUCCCCUGGGAAAAUGGAUGAUGUCUCUCCCGUGCAGACAGAUGCCCUGGAUUCAGUGAGGGAGAGAUUACAUGGAGGCAAAGGUCUGCCCUUUUAUGCAGGGCUUUCUCCUGCAGGGAAGCUUGUGGCCUAUAAACGUAAACCCAGUUCAAGCACAUCUGGGCUUAUCCAGGUUAAUGGUAAGAGUUACCCGCAGGCUAAGUUGCUAUUGGGACAGAUGGGGGCAUUGCAUCCAGCCAAUAGGCUAGCUGCUUAUAUCACAGGCAGGUUGCGACCCUCAGUCCUGGACCUCUCAACCCUCAGUACUGUCAUCUCCAAGGUAGCAUCCAAUGCCAAGGUGGCUGCAUCCAGGAAACCACGUACCCUGUUGCCUUCAACAUCCAAUUCCAAAAUGGCAUCAUCUUCUGGCACUACAACAAAUCGCCCUGGGAAGAAUCUGAAGGCGUUUGUCCCAGCGAAAAGACCAAUUGCGGCUCGACCCUCUCCUGGUGGUGUGUUCACACAGUUUGUGAUGAGUAAAGUUGGAGCCCUGCAGCAGAAGAUCCCUGGAGUUAGCACACCCCAACCCCUAACAGGGCCACAGAAGUUCAGUAUCAGACCUUCUCCAGUAAUGGUCGUCACACCUGUGGUUUCUUCUGAGCCAGUUCAGGUGUGCAGCUCUGUGACUGCUGCUGUCACUACCACCACCCCUCAAGUGUUUUUAGAAAGUGUUCCUGCUGUGAUACCUACGACUGCUCUAUCUGACGUGGGAACUAAAGAAACUACUUAUUCUUCUGGUGCCACCACUGCAGGGGUUGUUGAGGUCACUGAAACUAAUACCAGCACCCUUGUAACACCUACCCAGUCUACAGCCACUUUGAACCUUAUCAAAACGACUGGGAUAACUACCCCUGUGGCUUCAGUUGCUUUUCCUAAGUCUUUGGUAGCAUCUCCUCCAACCAUAACUCUUCCUGUUGCUUCCACUGCCUCCACCUCCAUAGUCGUGGUGACCACAGCUGCAUCUUCUUCCAUGGUGACCACACCAACUUCAUCUCUGAGCUCUGUUCCCAUUAUACUCUCGGGAAUUGAUGGGAGUCCACCAGUGAGCCAGAGACCAGAAAAUGCCCCUCAGAUUCCAGUGGCUCCUCCACAGGUUUCUCCUAACACAGUGAAACGUGCUGGACCUCGAUUGUUGUUGAUUCCAGUGCAGCAGGGUUCUCCUACUCUUAGACCUGUCCCAAACACACAACUUCAGGGACAUCGGAUGGUCUUGCAGCCUGUUAGGAGUCCAAGUGGAAUGAACUUAUUCAGGCACCCUAAUGGGCAGAUUGUCCAGCUUCUCCCUUUGCAUCAGCUUCGAGGAUCUAAUAACCAGCCCAACUUACAGCCUGUCAUGUUUCGGAACCCAGGGUCUGUGAUGGGAAUCCGUUUACCCACUCCUUCCAAACCUUCAGAGACUCCACCUUCUUCGGCUUCGCCUUCUGCUUUCUCCGUUGUGAAUCCUGUAAUUCAGGCUGUUGGAUCUUCUCCAGCAAUGAAUGUUAUCACUCAGGCACCAUCCUUGCUUUCUUCUGGAACUAAUUUUGUGUCUCAGUCUGGUACAUUGACUCUGAGGAUUUCCCCUCCUGAACCACAAAGUUUCACAAGUAAAACAGCCUCUGAAACCAAACUGACCUAUAGUUCAGGAGGGCAGCCUGUUGGUACAGCCAGUCUUAUUCCUCUCCAGUCUGGUAGUUUUGCCUUGUUGCAGCUCCCAGGACAAAAGCCUGUUCCCAGCUCCAUUCUUCAACAUGUUGCUUCACUUCAGAUGAAAAAAGAAUCUCAGAAUGCAGACCAGAAAGAUGAAACAAGCUUUUUAAAAAGAGAGCAAGAAACUAAGAAAGUUCUGCAGUCAGGAGGAGAAGCUGUAGAGCCUGAGACUAAUAUAAUAAAACAAAACUCAGGAGCUGCUGUCUCAGAAGAAACUUUGAAUGAUUCCUUGGAAGAUGGGGGUGAUCAUUUGGAUGAAGAAUCCCUUCUAGAAGAAGGGCCUGCAGCUGUUAAACCUUCUGAGCAUGUCUAUAGCACUGGCUCACACGCAGGUGAAGACUAUAAAGAUGUUGAGGAAGAAUAUGGGGUUAGGAACCGUAACAGUUCCAAAGAAAAACUGACUGUUCUAGAAGUUAAGACCAUUUCUGGAAGAGCCAGUAACAUGACAGUCCAAAGUGUGAAUAAUGUGCAACUUAAAAAACUUGGUGAUGUGAAAGUGGAACAGCAGAAAGGCUUAGACAAUCCAGAGGAAAAAUCAAAUGAAUUUCCAAUUAUCUCUAAAGAAGAAAGCAAAGUUGAAUUUUCAGGCAGUAGAGUUGUGGAGCAGCAAUCUAAUCCAAAGCCAGAGGCCAAGGAGAAGGGAUGUGGAGAGCCUCUGGAGAAGGACAGCAUUAGGGAGAGGUGGAGAAAACACCUAAAGGGCCCUUUGGCCCAGAAAUAUGUUAGAACUUCACAAGAAGGCAAGAACAAGACAAACGAGCAGUUAAUUAAAGAAACAAAAACUUGUAAGGAAAAUUCAGAUGUGUUUCAACAAGAACACAGUAUCUCUGAUUUACUUGGAAAAAGUGGAACUACUGAGAAUGCCAGAAUUGUAAAAACUGAAUGUGAUUCUUGGAGUAGCAUUUCUAGUCCUACAACCUUCUCCAUUGUCCCCAGGAGAGCUGCCAAAGGGAGCAGAGGGGACGGACAUUUUCAAGGUCACUUACUGCUCUCAGGAGAACAGAUAAAACCAAAGCAAGAGAAGACGGGUGGGAGAAGCAGUACUGACUUCACUGUCUUGGAGUUGGAAGAGGAUGAUGAAGAUGAGAAUGAGAAAACCGAUGAUUCUAUUGAUGAGAUUGUGGAUGUUGUUUCUGACUACCAGAGUGAGGAGGUUGAUGAUAUAGAAAAGAAUAACUGUAUAGAAUACAUUGAGGAUGAUGAAGAACAAGUGGAUAUUGAGACUGUAGAAGAGCUCCCUGAGGAAAUUAAUGUCGCCCACAUGAAGAGCACAACUGUCCAUACAGAGAUUUUGAAACAGCCGUGCCGUACGCCUGUCUCUGCAGAUGAAAAAGCUACUGAAAGGAGUCGAAAGGCUGCACAAGUUCCUCUAAAGCUAAAACCUGAUUAUUGGAGUGAAAAACUACAGAAAGAAGCAGAAGCUUUUGCGUAUUAUCGCCGGACACACACUGCCAAUGAACGCCGCCGCCGUGGUGAAAUGAGAGAUCUCUUUGAGAAGUUGAAGAUCACAUUGGGGUUACUUCAUUCUUCCAAGGUUUCCAAAAGUCUCAUUCUUACUAGGGCAUUCAGUGAAAUUCAGGGGCUAACAGAUCAGGCAGACAAGUUGAUAGGACAGAAGAAUCUCCUGACUCGCAAACGGAAUAUUUUGAUACGGAAAGUAUCAUCUCUUUCAGGUAAGACAGAAGAAGUGGUCCUGAAGAAGCUAGAGUAUAUUUAUGCAAAACAACAAGCAUUAGAGGCACAAAAGAGAAAAAAGAAGAUGGGAUCAGAUGAGUUUGAUGUGUCUCCCAGAACUAGCAGACAGCAGGAAGGAGCUUCUGCAUCAUCUGUAGAUCUCGGACAGAUGUUUAUAAAUAACAGGAAGGGGAAGCCUUUGAUUCUUUCCAGAAAAAAAGACCAGGCCACAGAAAAUACCUCACCCUCUAAUACUCCACACACCUCUGCCAACAUUGUGAUGACUCCACAAGGGCAAUUGCUCACCUUGAAAGGUCCCCUAUUCUCAGGACCAGUGGUUACUGUUUCUCCUGCUCUCUUAGAAGCAGAUCUGAAACCUCAAGUUGCCAGUAGUGCUGUGGCUCAAUCAGAAAAAGACGACUUAUUUAUGAUGCCAAGAAUUGUUAAUGUGACAUCAUUGGCAACGGAGGGAGGUUUGGUAGAUAUGAGUGGCAGCAAAUACCCCCAUGAAGUUCCUGAUGGCAAGCCACCUGACCACCUGAAAAACACUGUCAGGAGUGAGGAUAACUCCUGUGAAGAUUUGGGCAGAAUCUCUUCCAGAGGCAACCAUAGAGAUGUCAGAAUGGCACUGGGUACAGCACAGGUUUAUCUGUCACAUAAAGAUUCUGGUUUUCCACAAAUAGUUGAUGUUUCCAGUAUGCAAGAAGCACAAGAAUUCUUACCCAAAAAGAUUUCUGGUGAUACCAGAGGGAGUCAGCAUAAAUGGAAAGAGAGUGAAUCAAGACGGGAGAGACUGAAGACAAAGGAGUCUCCAUUUCAUAAAUUAAAGAUGAAAGAUCUCAAAGACUCAAGCAUAGAGAUGGAAUUGAGAAAGGUAGCAUCAGCUAUAGAGGAAGCAGCAUUGGAUCCCAGUGAACUGCUAACUAGUAUGGAAGAUGAGGAUGAUACUGAUGAGACACUGACAUCUCUGCUCAAUGAGAUUGCCUUUCUUAAUCAGCAGUUAAAUGAUGACUCUGUUAGCCUGGCUGAACUGCCUAGCUCUCUGGAUACAGAGUUCCCAGGGGAUGCUCGCCGGGCUUUUAUCAGUAAGCUUCCUCCUGGGAACAGAGCAACUUUUCAGGUUGGCCACUUGGGAACUGGUUUGAAGGAAUUGCCUGAUGUGCAAGGGGAGAGUGACUCUGUCAGCCCCCUCCUCUUGCACUUGGAAGAUGAUGACUUUUCUGAGAAUGAAAAGCAACUUGCAGAACCAGCCUCUGAACCAGAUGUGCUUAAGAUUGUCAUUGACUCUGAGAUAAAGGAGUCCCUCAUUUCCCACAGGAAAGCGGGUGAUGAAGGGAAGAGUACUUCUGGCAUCCCUGCCGAGCCUGAAAGUGUGUCCUCACCCCCCAUCCUACACAUGAAGGGUGGCGUAGAAAACAACAGCACAGAUACUUUGUGGAGGCCGAUGCCAAAGUUGGCACCUCUAGGUUUAAAAGUAGCUAAUACUUCCAGUGAUACAGAUGGUCAGAGUCUCAAGGUGAUGCCUUGUUUGGCACCUGUAGCUGCCAAAGUUGGGUCAGUUGGACACAAAAUGAACUUAACAGGGAAUGAUCAGGAAUGCCGGGAGAGCAAGGUGAUGCCUACAUUGGCACCUGUUGUGGCCAAACUGGGCAACACUGGGGCCUCGCCAAGUUCUGCAGGGAAAUGAACUUAGUUGUCCUCAGGCAGAAGCCAGGCUGUGAGGGGAAACCUCCUUUCUCUGCAGGCACCUGUUUGUUUGUAUCAUGGAACUGUGAUCCUUGACUUUGAAAUGUGGUGAAUGAUGGUAGAGAAAGGGGGUAGGGUGCUGACGUCCGUAAAAGAAAUUAACUACUAUGAAAUUCUGAUCAUGUUAAAAUGUGUUACCUCACUUGUGGUGCUGGGUCUCCUCAUCCUCUCCAAGAAGAUGUGAUCCAUUACUGAACACGAGGUGCCCCUCUUACCCAAGGAAUUUGUAACAAGACUAGGUCCAUAGUGGUUCCUAGUUCUUCCUUCCCAGAGUAAAAGCUGCUUGAGACUUAGGAGUUGCUAUGGACUGAACCUUAGUUGAUAGCUGUUGUUUUUAGUCUGAAGUCCAAGGAAUGUGAUGCACUUGUGCAAAGGGAUCCAGAAGAGGUAGCUUUUAGUUGGUGUUUCAGAAUAGGGGGAGAGAGGAUGGGUACCAUGGAAUACCAAAGUGAAGGACUUAGUAUCAUUCAACAAAAUUUUCUCUUCUUUCAUAUCCCAAGUAGCUUCCAUUCCCUCACCUUUUCAAUCAGGAUUAUAAAUCUAAGCCUUCUGGUAAAGUAGAAAUGCUUUUUAAAAAGCUUUUAUUACUGAGGUAAUCGUUUUGAGAUGUAAAACUUAACUAGUUCUCCCUUACUAUGUUUGGGUGUUGAGAAGACCAUUUCACGGUACCAAGGAUUUCUACCUUGAAUAUAUUUGUUGGAGGUAGACAUACAGGGAGCCCUUCCCCUUUCACAAAUCACUUCACUCAAGAGACAUGUAAAAUGAUAAGCAUUCCCUCCCCAUACCAGAGACAGUGGCCAAAACAAACAAACAAAAAAAAAAACUGUGGGGCUGGGUAUUUCCCACAUCAAACCAGCCUCCUGGUGCUUGGAGGUUUCAUUCACUGUUACCUGCACAGGAUGUAAAAAAAAGAAAAGUCACAGUAGGCACUCUUUACCAGGGAAAUAAGGCAGUAUUUGAAUCACAAGAUAUAUUUUUUAUUAUCUGCUACCAUGGAUUCAAUGAUCUGUAGAGCUUUUUCACUCAUUAGCUGUCAGGGUAUGAAGGUCUGACAGCCUGUAAAGAUAAAGAUAUUUAUAUUUUUGUAUAGUUGUUUUCAUAGAUUUCUCAAAGGCUGAAGUUUUCAACCUAGAAGAUGAGAUUUGUAUUGAGUAUAGAAAUGAUGUUUCCUAUCUAGUUUGUAAAUAAUCAUGGUGCACUUGAGGGGUCUCUUGGAAACUCCUGGGGGCAAGAAUCACUAUUCUGAAAAUGUAUAGACUGGGAUUUAGCUGCUGCAUUUUGCCUUUCUUAAAUAAUUAUAUUUUGGAAUGUAACCCCUGUUCUGUCUUCACUGACAGGAUUUGCUUGUGUUGUGAAACAAUAACACAAGAGCUUCCAGUGCCUGGGCUGUGCCUAGGCAGUGCUGUUUCUUCUACAUCCCUUGCCUUCUUUAUCCCAAAUCCCACUCAGCAUAUCUUCAGAACCAGGUUGUGAAACCAACUUUGGAAUGGUCCUAGCCAGUGUGAAAUUAUUACCUCCGUGGUUGGUUCCCUUUCUAGUAACUCUGGUAAUAAACAGAUUGAAGAGGGUGGGAAAGUUUCCUCUGCGAAUUGCACCGGGAACACAUUCUUUGUUGGUUUUUUUAUGCUACUUGCCUUUCUUGACCUUCUCAUCAGCCUCCAGCCUUCCCACCUCUAAAGGUUACUGAAGGAGCUUGAAGUAGGUGAUGAGCGCCACUCAGCUUCUCAUUAUCCCUCCCACUUCUCUUUACCCAGGAGAUUUCAUUCAAUGCCUUAGCCAAGGAAUCCAGCACCUGUCUUCCCUGCUAAUAACUGUCCUUGGAGAUGCUAGUAGUUUAAUCCAGGUAUAGCAGUUUCCCAUUAUUUCUUUGCUUGUCUUGUCCUCAUGUUCCCUCCUGACUUUCCAAGGCUCUUAACGCUUUUGAGGGUCAGCCAAGGAGCAGGCAAGUGAGCGAGUAAUCCUCAGGAAAAGAAGGACCAUUCUGCUUCUGAACACUGUUCCCUUUUUUAGAAGAAAAUAGACAAAUAGGUAGUAUUCACUUCUUGAUGGGAAGAUAUUUGACUGUUUAUGGAAGAUGUCCAGAGAUAGAAAUGAGAGAUGAUCCAGUGUGUUCAAGGAAGGCUGCAAAUGUCAUUAUAAACCCCCCCCCCCCAUCCCAAUAAUGGUGUUUGCAAGACCUCUUAGAACUAGGGAGUUGUUAGGGCUAAUUUGAGGAGGGCUCAGUCUUAAAAACAAUCCUGCAGUCUUGAUAGAAAUCUUAAGUCUCCAAAAACUCCAACCCUUUAAACCUUACCCCAGGAGAAACUGAUCUAUGAAAAUUCAUGUGUGACUAUGAAAGAUGUAGUUGAGUGAGGAGUUGAGGAAUUGGGAGGGUAGUGAGCUCUCACCCUAACUAUAAGAAGCAUGAUCUCAGUAGACCAAUAAUUCGCCUUUUUAUACAUCUGUAAAUAAAUGGAAUGUUUUUAAGAAUAUAAUUAUGUCAGAUUUAGCUUUUUCUUUUAUAUAUUAAAUAUAUAUCUUUCUUUUUCUGCUUUUGAAAAAUGACUAUUUUUUUAGAAACCUAAGAACAGAAGAAGUUUGGUCAGUGGGAGAAUGUAUAAACUUGAAAUAAAUCAGUUACAAUAAUUAAA